CAGAAAGAGAUCGAACGAAAACAAACGUGCGCAUUGUUUACUUGGAUCGCAUCGCAAACGUCUUGUGUCAUUUUUGCGUUAUCAUUUUUGCCUGGAAGUACGUUCGCCACAAUUACUGCUACCAAACUCAACAACACGGAACAACGGAACUACGCAAAAGGGCUGCCAAAAGGGAGUGAAAAACCACACAAACAGCAAUCAACUCUGCUGAUGAUGAUUAGCAAGGUCAACACAGUUACGCACCCGCACCGAUAGUCGUCCACAGUACCGAGCGAGGCGGAAAAAGGUGAUGUAACGCCAAAGCGUUUGGAACGUACCGAAAAUUAGCGCACACACACACGGACGCACACAUCACAUCAUCUUCAGGCAGCGAAAUGGACCGCGAAAAGCACAGCGACACCCGAUACGCCGGACUGGCCGGAGGAUUAACGGGCUGCAUCACGCGCUUCAUCUGUCAGCCGCUGGAUGUGCUCAAGAUUCGUCUGCAGCUGCAGGUGGAACCGAUCAAGGCCGGAUCGACCAGCUCCAAGUAUCGGUCGAUCACACAAACGGUCGGCUGCAUCUUUCGCGAGGAAGGACUGCUAGCCUUCUGGAAGGGACACAAUCCGGCCCAGGUUCUAUCGCUCGUGUACGGUGUGGCACAGUUUUCCUUCUACGAACGGUUUAACCGAGUGCUGCGCGAUCUUCCCCUGCUCGAUGGGCACGACCAAGGCCGACAGUUUCUGUGUGGCGCAUGCAGUGGGUCCUUUGCCGCGCUUACAAUUAUGCCACUGGACGUAAUACGAACGCGCCUAGUCUCACAAGAUCCGGGCCGUGGUUAUCGGAACGCUCUGCAAGGCCUGGGCGAGAUAUACCGACACGAGGGAGUGCGCGGAUUGUAUCGUGGCGUAGGGCCCGCCAUGCUACAGAUUGCCCCGCUCGCCGGGGGACAGUUUAUGUUUUACAAUCUGUUCGGUACGCUCGCGAAACGGUUGGAAGGAUUGCCGGCCGAAGCGCAGCUACCUUCCGGCGAGCUGUUUGUCUGCGGUGGAUUGGCCGGAUUCUGCACCAAGCUGCUCGUGUAUCCGCUUGAUUUGACGAAGAAACGGCUACAGAUACAAGGGUUCGCCCAGAGCCGCCAAACGUUCGGGCAACACUUUGUCUGCCGGCACAUGAUUCACUGCCUGGUGCAGGUCGGCCGGGGCGAAGGAUUGCGCGGGCUGUACAAAGGAUUGCUGCCGUCGCUGCUGAAGGCCGGCUGCACGUCCGCGUUCUACUUUACCAUCUACGACACACUUUUGCUGCUGUUUAACAGCGAACGAAGCUUUAAAUAAUGUAAAUAAACGACGUGGCCCUUUACAAAAGGGAAAACUGCU